AUGGAUCGCAUCAAGGAGCGUAUGAACAAUCUCCGUAUUGAGGCCGACGAAGCCCACGAGAAGAACGAGGACCUCCAAGGCAAGAUCAAGACUCUGGAGCAAGAGAACCUGUCCAAGGAGCAGGAAAUCACAUCCCUCAACCACCGAAAUGCUUUGUUGGAAGAGGAGGUCGAGAAGCUGGAGGGCUCCGUGAAGGAUGCCAAGGAUGCUGCUACCACGAGUGCCCAGCACGACACCCAGAACGAGGCUCUUCAGCGCCGAGUGCAGCUGCUUGAGGAGGAGGCUGAGGAGAACGAGAAGACCCUGCGGGAAUCCAACGAGAAGCUCCGCCAAACCGAUGUCAAGGCUGGUCACUUCGAGCGCAAGGUGCAAGCACUUGAGACCGAGCGCGACCAGUGGGAGUCCAAGUACGAGGAGAUGUCAAAGAAGUUCAACGACUUGCAGAAGGAGCUGCAAGAGCUCGAGGUCUCCAUCAGCAACGUUUAA